AUGCCUACAACCUACGCCAACUGGGACAUAACUGCGGAAAAAGCCAAGGCCGUAUAUGUAUACACGCGACUUGGUAAACAUGGCCUCGGCAGAUGCGCUGAAUGGGAAAUCAUGGUCACGAACACCGACGACAAGCCUAUUGCCUUGUGGGUUAGACGUGUUCGCGAGAAUGGCCUGGAGACUGGCGAGAUCAGUCUUGAUUCUACCAACGACCGGCAUUGUAUUGGCAUUGCGAUGAAUGAGAUACUACUUUGGCAGUGGGGUCACAUUUUCGAGUUGAAGUUUGGAACGCCAACGGACAUCAAUCGCUUCAUAUCCAAAAUGAGAGACGAUGCUGGCAAAUAUUUUCAGAUCACGAACGUACCGGAACUGGACGAUGCCUACUGGAUCGCAACGUCGCUAUUUCGAACCCAGAAAAUCUUUGGAUGGCAAGGCGCGGACCUCGGACAGCUCCAUUCCCUCUAUAAUCAAGUGGCAGCUCAUCAUGCUCGUCAGGUCGGUUCGGAAACGAAAUCGGUGGCACUUUUUACCCGCAAAUCUAUGGGAAAUUUGAGAGGCCGGUCAAGGCACGGCACAUACAACAAUCGAUGGAGUGAUACUUAG